UCUUCAUCAUCUUCUUCCACCUUCUAGCUAUAUUUAUAUGCAACAAUAACAAAGCAAAGCUGCCAUUGCCACUUAUUCCCCUCCUUCUCUCUUACAAGUCCACUAUCUCCCUCACUCUUCUUCCCACUUCACCAAAACAACAAAACAGAAAAUGAAGAGAAAUUCUUAUACUUAUACCCCUUCUUCUCUGCCUUUUCUCCUCUUGUUUGCUUUCUUGUUGCUGUCUUCUUCCUUCUUCUCCCACUCUGCAUCUGCUCGUCCCCUCCUGGUCCUGGACACAGCAGCUUCAUCACAAAUGGCAGUAGGUAGUAGUGAUGGUGGUGAGACGGAGUUGGUGUUGGUGAGCAGGGAAGAUCAAAAGGCGGCUGCGGCUGCGGCUGCGGCUGAUCUCUUUGCAAAUUCACUCAAAGAAGAAGAUUUUUCCACGCUGAUGGGGGCAGAGGAACUGGAGAAGGCAGAGGCAGUUUGUGGAGAGAAGGAUGAGGACUGCCUGGCGAGAAGGAUGGUUGCAGAGGCUCACUUGGAUUACAUCUACACUCAACACCACAAGAACCCUUGAAAAAUGAAAAUUACUUAAUUAAUUAAUUUCUAUAUAUAGCUUCCCCAUUUUUGUUUGUUUUUUGGCCCCCCUAAAUUAAACGGUGUUCAUAGUUUUAUUAUUAAUAUAAGCUACCAACAUGUGUGUUCAGAAAUUCAUAUUAUUAAGAAAUACGGAUCUUUUAUAUGUAAUUUUUUUUAUACAUACAUCCGAGAGUAUUACUACGAUUGUCAAUAUUGUAUCAU